AUAUGUUCAAACAUUAAAUAAUGAUCAACAAUUAACAUCAUCAUCAUUAAAUAAUAUUGAAAAUAUAAAAUCUAAAUCUAAAAUAGAUGAUGAAGAAAUUAUUAUAUGUCGAUCACCACCCUCUGUUAGAAAAGUUAUCUCUUCGUCGAAUAAGAAUUCUUCAAAAACAUCUAUAAAUGGAAAUAGUACAAGAAAAUCAAAUAUUCAACAGUCUCCAACAAAUGAUGAACAUGUUCGAGUUCGUUGUAAAAUAUGUGGUGAAAUUCUUGAAGGACGAAGUCGUUUUUCACAACAUGUCAUAAGAAUGCAUUCACAUCUUUUAAAAAAGAAUAUACCUGAAUCAAAACAACAACAACAAACAGCUAUAGUUCGAUGA